ACAGAGAGGCAGGGACAUUGAGCUCAGAGAGUCCCAGCUCUCUCCUGCUCUCAGCCUGAUUUAGCUGAUGACAGCUGCUGCUCACCAGCCCCACUAGCUCUCAGUUCGUGGCCUAGCCAAGCCCCCAAACCCCAGACUAACUGUUCCAGUGAUUGCUCCAGUCCACCCCCAAAUGGCUCAGAAAGAAGAGGCUGCCGCUGCUGCUCCUCAAAAUGGAGAGGGGAACUCUGAUAACCUGGAUGAUCCUGAGAAGUUGAAGGAGCUGAUUGAGUUACCGCCCUUUGAGAUUGUCACAGGGGAACGGCUUCCUGUCAAUUAUUUUAAGUUUCAGUUCAGGAAUGUGGAAUACAGCUCUGGCCGGAACAAGACCUUCCUGUGCUAUGUGUUGGAGGUCCAGGGCAAAGAUGGCCAAGGCCAGAUGUCCCGGGGCUACCUGGAGGAUGAGCACGCUACAGCGCACGCGGAAGAGGCCUUCUUCAAAACCAUCCUGCCCACCUUUGACCCUGCCCUUCGCUACAAUGUCACCUGGUACGUCUCCUCCAGCCCCUGCGCAGCCUGUGCCGACCGCAUCUCGAGCACCCUGAGCAAAAACAAGAACCUCAGGAUGCUCCUCUUGGUGGGUCGGCUCUUCAUGUGGGAAGAGCCCGAGAUCAAGGCUGCCUUGAAGAGGUUGAAGGAAGCGGGAUGCAAGCUACGCAUCAUGAAGCCCCAGGACUUCGAGUAUGUGUGGCAGAAUUUUGUGGAGCAAGAAGAGGGAGAAUCGAAGGCCUUUGUGCCCUGGGAGGACAUUCAGGAGAACUUCCUUUACUAUGAGGAGAAGCUGGCUGAGGUCCUGCACUGAUCUGUCUUUACACGGCUAGCCUGUCACCUCCAAGAGACAUCAGUGACAUACCCAGCCAUCUGGGACAUGCCUGUGGCUUCCUAAUACCACUUGGAGCCAGACAGUAUCCAAGUCAACUCAUCAGACAGCCCCUUAAUGGACUAAAAAUAUACUUCCUCUGUGCAUUUAAUUUAAGCUGUGCCCCUCUUUGUUAAAGUCUGGUAGGAGGGAGGGAGAAAAAGAAAGGUGGGGUGGAGGGGAAGAAAACAAUUGUUUUUAGGCAACAGGUUAUAGUCACUCCCCAACAGGCUGCAUUAUAAACCAAAUAUGCUCAGAUCCAAGGUGCAAAUCUUAGAAGUAUGUCCAGCAAUGUGUUUUGUAAUGUUAAAAAAAACUUUUUUUUUUUAAAGAGAACAGCAAUAAUUACCAAAAGAGAAUAAUGUUAUGGUUUUUAUUUCUCAAAUGCAAACUGACAGAUGCUAGGUUUACAAGAAACUUAGCAUCUGAGAGGUUAGAAAUAACAGAACAUGAUCAACCAGAGUAGAAUUCAAGU